AUGGCCUGCAAGCGCGUCAAACAAGGAUUCGGCGUGAGCAGACAACAGUGCCAUGUAUCAGAGGGCAGUGCGGUCUUCAAGUUCCUCGAUCUCCCGGCUGAGCUCCGUAACAUGAUUUACUGGCAUGUGCUGGUCACCAAAUACGACGGUUACCGCUUCCGCCAACCCUCGCUGACCCUCGUCAACAAGCAAAUCCGCUCCGAGUCUCUCCCGCUCCUCUACCGCAACAGCUUGUUCUCCAUCUUCUUAUGGCGAGGUGACCGUACCUUUGAACAGCUUCAAAGGCUCCGGCCCAUGCCACCAGCCAUUUCAGAUCUCACUCACAUCACGCAGCUGGACAUUCGCUUUUCAACAGCGCUCUGGCGGGGGCCAUCUGUCGAAGUCCACAUGAGGAACGAUGAGUUGGCGGGCGGCAGCCUAGUGAACAAGAAGCUCGUGGGUAGACCCGGUCUUGAGUGGAAGGAUCGAGCCAGCAUCAAGGCCGUCUACGACCGCGUCAUAGUGGAUGAGGAAAAGGAGGACGAUCAAUUCUACUGGCCUUUAGCAGGGCGGAAGCCUGAGUUUGAGGGAACGGAUUCGAUUGUUGGAAGCUUGCUGUACUUUGCGGAGAAGUGCCCUGCGGCAACGGAGUGGGUUUGGAUGACAGCGAAGAGACACCAUUACAUCAUCUGA